AUGACUUUUUUAAAAAAAAUAACAAAAUUUCAGGGCAAAACGGUGCUCGAACUAUGCGACUUGGAAGCCCAAAUCAGCUCCAGAAUAAGCAAGGGCGGAGCGACAAAUGCGCCCUAUUGGGAAGGGCUUUUAGGUACAGAAAAAAUCUGAAAAAAAAGGCUGAAAUCGGAUUUUAGAGCACCUGAAAGUGUACAUCGCCAGGACACGACUUCGAGAUCUGCACGGGAAAAUGUUGAGAUUGAAGUUGACCAGGAUCCGGGAGGAGCAGAUGCAACAGCUGAACUCCGGAGCCGGAAAUGGUCCUUCGACGUCUUCUCAGGACACUUCGGUCGCUUUCCCCAAAAAGGAAGAGGUGAAUUCAAGAUUUUGAUGGGUUGAGAAAUAUUUUAUUGAAAAACUUACAGUAGGAUGACUGAAUUUAGAAAGAUACUGAAAGAUAAAUUAAAGUUAGAGGAGAAAAAUAGCCCUUGAAAGUUCAAAAAAAAAGCAAAGGAAAUGAAGAAAAAUUGAAGAUCGUGGAAGACGACGAAGAUGAAGACGACACCGAGGAACUGUCGAAGAAGGUCCGACGCAAGGUCGACGUCAACGAGCUCGAAGGCGCUGAGCUGGACGACGAACAACGGGAACUCCGCUGGCGGCAGCUCACCGAAGACCAGAUCGAGACGGUCGCUUUGGAGCUGUACGAGAGGGGCCGCUACAGCCCCCCGUACAACGAGUUUGACGACACUAUGCCUGGUGAGUUUUGCUGCGAGAAAAUGGCCGUGGUUCAAAAAGAACUUCAUGAUAAAUAGCUGCGUAGAAAUGGCUUGGGUAAAACUAGCCGCGUAGAAAUGGCUCAUGAAAAAUAGUUGAUAUGACCUGCUAAAUAUAUUUGCGAUAAAAAAAGCUUGUAAAGUAGUAGCCGCUUUGAAAUUAUUUGGCAAAUCAGCCGCGUUGAAACGGAUUGCAGAAAUAGCCGCGUGAAAAAGCUUGGAAAAAAUGGCCGUGGUUCGAAAAGAACAAAAAGUUUGAGGACACUAUGUCGGGUGGGACAGUGAGAAAAAAUAGCCGCGUAUAAAUGGUUUGGAAAAAAUAUCCGUGAUUCGAACAGUGAAACUAGCUCAUGAAACUAUUCCAGUUAAGUUUUCUGCAAAUGAUAGCCGCGUUGAAAUGGCUUUGAAAAAAGGGCCGUGAGGCGAAUAGUGAAAAUACCUCUUGAAACUAUGCCGGGUGUGAUAGUGAGAAAGGAAUAGUCACGUUCCUGCAAAUAAUAGCCGCGUUGGAAAAAAUAGCUUGGCUUGGAAAAAAUAGCCGUGAUUCAAAAAGUACAACGAGUUUAUGAAAAUAUGCCGCGUGGGGUAGCGAGAAUAAAUAGCCGCGUCGAAAUGGCUCCGAAAAAUUAUCCGUGAUUCAAAAAGUACAACGAGUUUAUGAAAAUAUUCCGGUUGGGGUAGUGAGAAAAAGCCUCGGUAAAAUGGCUUGGAAAAAAUAGCCGUGAUUCAAAAAGUGCCAAAAGUUUAAUGACUGAGUGCCGGGUGGCUUUUCUGUGAGAACAAAUAGCCGCGUUGAAACGGAAAAAGGGUUGAAAUUGGAAAAAUUAGCCGUGUUUCAAAAAAGAAUUUCAUGAUAAAUAGCAGCGUUAAAAUGGUUUUUUAAUAAAAUAGCCGCGUUGAAAUAGCCCGCUAACAUUAUCUGCGAUGGAAAUUACUCGAAAAAGUUGCCGAUUUGGAAUGGCUUCGAGAAAAAAUAGCCGCGAUAUAAAAAGUGCGAGGAAGUUUCAUGACAGUAUACCGAGCGAGUUUGCUGUAAGAAGAGAUAGUUGGGAAAAAAUGACUCAGAAAAAUUAGACGCAUUGAGAUAGCUAGAAAAAAUAGCCGCGUUGAAAUAGCUUGAAAAAAUAGCCGCGUUGAAAUGUCUUGAAAAGAUACCCGCGUUGAGAUAGCUAGAAAAAGUAGCCGCCUUGAAAUAGCUUGAAAAAGUAGCCGCCUUGAAAUAGCUUGAAAAAAUAGCCGCCUUGAAAUAGCUUGAAAAAAUAGCCGCGUUGAAAUGUCUUGUAAUAAAUAGACGCCUUGAAAUAGCUUAAAAAAAUAGCCGUGUUGAAAUGUCUUGGAAAAAUAGCCGUGAUUCAAAAAAUAAAAAAAAAUGCCACAUAAACUAAAUGAACUGUUUUUUUAAAUAUCUUGUAAUAUUUUUCUUGAGAAAAAGAUAGCCGCGAUCAAAAUAUUUAGCUCAAAUGAGCCUCCUGAAAAGCCUAUGAAAAUGUGCACUUUUUGCGAUUUUUUUCCUAAACUUCUCGAGUCAUUUUUUUGAUUUUUUUCAUUUCAAUUAUUUGAACGAAAACUAAUUUUUUUCCAGGUAUCGAGGUGAUUGAAGAGUCUUUUGAUUCCAACGAUUUGAAGACUCGACGGGCAAAAGAAUCUCAAGAAGCCGGCUGCUGAAAUCUUUGUCAAUGUAGGAAUUAUUUAAAAUCACGGUUAAAAAAUGUAUUUUUAGCCGAAUGAAUCGAAGAUGAUAGAAAUGGCCAAGAAGGGAAUGGAUGGAGAUGAGGCGACGUUCGCUGUGGAGGAACAGUUGGAGACGCAGGUUGGGAAUGGGUUUUGGUGUAGCUUGGAAAUUGAAAGUUCGAGAUUUCGAAGGAAAUCAGAUAUUAUCCAUGAGAAAUAAAACCAAGUAAAACUCGAGAAAAAAAUCAGGUUUUAUUGAAAAAAGCAGCCGUUUUGUUAAGCUCCAGUUACUUUCUAAGCAUACGGCUCGAAUUCGGCCACAAAUCGGACUUUUCUAAGGAAUUUUUGGAAUCACUUAAGGGGGCUGAGGCCGCUAAAGUUAUCACUAGGAAGCAUUCGGCCUGAAACCGGCGCAAAUCUGGCUUUUCUAAGCUAUUUUAGGGAUCACUUAAGGGUGCUGACGCCACUAUAGUGGCCACUAGAAAUGCUAAGAAACGUCCGGUUUGCGUCAACGUGACCGGAAAAAUUCUGAAGAAGAAAAAUUUGGAGUUCGUUAGAGCGCAAAUGACGCUAAGUACUAAGGACUAUUAUUAAUCAAAAUUUAUGCUUUUCUGGUCUGAUUUUUAAUGAAAAGAACAUUUCUAGAAAGCUUCCAUCACUCUGAAAUCUUUUAAAAAGAAAAACUCGGACGAAAAAGAAAUUGUGAAGCUUCAAUAAACCUAAAUUCUGCGAGAAAAAUAGCUUUUUACUUUCAAAAAAGGGAUAAAGUGUUCCUUUUUUUUGGAGCAAAUUUGAGAUUCAAGGAUUUUUUUGUACAGAUUUUCUUGUGAAUUUUUGUCGCAGUGAGUUUUUCAACCAGUUAUUUUUCAUUAUAAUCCGAAUUUUCACGUUAAAAUCCCGAUUUUUUUUCCAGAAGCACCUCUGGUCCGACAAAUAUCGACCCAGGAAACCAACGUAUCUGAAUCGCGUCCAAACGGGCUUCGACUGGAAUAAAUACAAUCAGACACAUUAUGAUAUGGACAAUCCGCCGCCGAAAAUCGUCCAGGGCUACAAGUUUAAUGUGAGAGAUUCCAUGAAAAAUUUGUUUUUUCAGGGUUUUAGGCUCAUUUUUUGAUGGAAAUGUUGAUUUUAACGUUUUUUAAUAUGAUGAAGGUACCUAAAAAACCCUAAAUGAACCUUAAAUACCUCAAAAAACAAGAAAAACGACUUAUUUUGGGACCAAAAGUUUCCUGAACACUAAAAGAGUGUUAGUAGCAUUACUAGGGAUUUUUAGAAAUUGGUAGAAUAUAAUUAAGAUUUUUCAGUUUUAUCUAGUCUAAAGCUACAAAUCUAACCAUUUUUGCGGUUCCUUAUCCAAAAAAUGACUUUCACUGGAAGAAUAAUUUCCAGAUUUUCUACCCCGAUCUUCUUGAUAAGACGAAAACGCCGACUUUCACGGUCACUCCCUGCGAUGAUCCGGACUUCGCAAUCGUUCGUUUCAAGGCUGGACCUCCCUACGAAGAUAUUGCUUUUAAGGUAUUAUUUCGGAUGAGCUCCAUUGAGAAAAUAAAGAAAUUCACUGCGAAAUGAGGAUUUCAGAGGCUUUUUUCCAAUCUUUAAGGGGGCUACAGUGAAAAAUGGUCUUAAAUUAUUUUUAGGCGUUUUUCCGGGCUUCCGCUGUUAAUAAUAGCUUUUUUGCCUGAAAAUUAUGCUCUAUUGCAAAUAAGAGAAGGGAUUUUAUGGCCUAUUUUGAACUUCAAGUGCGCUCCAUUGAUAAAAUGGAAGAUCUUCUUCAUUUUCGACGAUCAAGCUUGCUUGAUUGAUACAUUAUAACCAGAUUUGUGCAGGAGCAGUCCGUCAGCCCCCGGGCCUUUUUUUAAGCUCCUGUCGACCACCCCCCGACCAAUAAGUAAGGAAAAUAUUAGAAUUUUUUUAGUUCAAAAAAAUCCUGUCAUUAGUUAUUGAUUCACACGGAAAAACUAUAAUUUAAUAAUUUAACAAGUAGAAUGAAGCCUGACCGCAGCCCGGGCAAGCUUUUACACAAAAAUUGAGACCCGGGCCAGCCCUCCCAGCCUGGCUUCAACGGCUCCGAGUUUUCUAGACGCAUAGAGGAUGGCUCAAGACAUUUUUUAUUCCAUCUUUACUUAGCGCAAGUAGUUCCAUGAUCGGUACACGUUAAGCCGGAAAAUAUACCAUCAAAGAUCUUCAAGGAAAUGAAAAAUGACCAUUUUCAAGUCGAAAUUCGUUGAGCGCAAGUUGUUUUAUGGUCGGUUCAUGUUAAGCUGUUAAAAAUGCAACCAAUACUUCCAAAAGACAUGAAAAUUGAAUUGCCAAUUUUCGGUGUCGAGUUUUGCUGAGCGCAAGUCGUUUUGUGGUCGGUUCAUGUUGAGCUAAUAAAAAUGCAAGCAAUAUUUCCAAAGAAUACAAAAAUUGCCAACUUUUAAGGUCAAAACUCGAUGAUGCGCAAGUCGUUCAUAGUCGGUACACGUUAAGCCAUUCCAAGUGCGACCAAUAUUUCCAAAGGAAAAGAAAACUGCCCAUUUUUAAAGUCGAAUUUUUUUUUGAGCGCAAGUCGUUUUGUAGUCGGUACACGUAAAGCCGUGAAAAAAGAAAACAAUAGUUUUUCAAAGACAUGAAAAUUUCCAUUUUUUUAAGUAGAAAAUUUGCUUUGGCGCAAGUCGUUUUUAUGGCCGGUACACGUUAAUCUGUAAAAAUGAGCUCACUAGUUUUCAAAGGAAAUGAAAAUUGCCAAUUUUUAAAGUCGAAUUAUGUUGAGCGCAAGUCGUUUUAUGGUAGGUACACGUUAAGCCAUUCCAAGUGCGACCAAAAACUUCUCAAGGCUUAGAAAAACCGCCAUGAAAAUUGCGAAAAUAUCCAUUCUCAGAUUGUGAAUCGCGAAUGGGAAGUCCUGCACAAGAACGGGUACAAAUGUCAGUUCCAAAACGGCGUCUUUCAACUCUGGUUCGUCUUCAAACGCUACAGAUAUCGACGAUAACUUUUUCCUUGUACCAUUUUUGUUCAUUCAAUUGGUGAUUGUUGUAUCUAUUUAUUGUUUUUUCGUACCCGAGUUCCUUUUUUUUGUUAUGAACUUGUUUAAUAAAUACUUUGAGAAGAAAUUUAUUGGUAAAUCCAUUGGGUUCAUUUUCCCCUUGUUCUUCUUUUUUAUCAUUGGAAAAGGUUCAUUUAUUGCUGGCUUAAGAUUGAAUGUACUCAAAAAAGGCGCUUUUUUCGGAUUAUCCAAGAAUUUUAGACGUUUUUGGACUAAUUGUCUUCAAAAUUAGAGUUGUAAGUUGUAAGAAACAUGAAUUUGAAGCUCAAAAUUCAAAGUUAAAGGCACAGGAACUCCUAUGCUCCUUUAAAAUCGAAUCUAAAGGCUUAUUUUAAUAAAGAGCCACCAUGCGCCUUUAAACUCGAAAUUAAAGGCGCAUGAAACCUUUUUUUUCGUAUUCCAAUUUUUAAAGGAUCAUAGGCUUCUGAGCUUUUAGAUUUUGAAAUAAAGGCGCAUAGUCUCCAUGUUCUUUUAAAUUUUAGGUUUGAAGGCACAUGGUGGUUUUUUCUUGCUUCUGGAGCAAGUUAGAGGUCUACACAUGUGCCUUGAAAAUCAUUUUUUUAAAGGCGCAUAGGGGGGUGAAAAAUUUUUUCCCCGGGUUUUUUGUAGAUUUGAGAGCAAAUAAGAGACCUAUGUGCCUUCAAAUUCAAUUUUUAAAGGCACAUAGGGGUCCCAAAUGAUUUUAAAGGCGCAUAGAAGUCACAAAUUGGUUCUAAGGGUCCCAAGUUAUUUUAAAGGCUCAUAGGGGUCGCAAAAUGGUUUUAAAGACGCAUAAGGGUCUCAAAUGAUUUUCAAGGCGCAUAAGGGUCCGAAAUGAUUUUAAAGGCGCACAGCGGUCGCAAAUGAUUUUAAAGGCGCAUAGGGGUUCCAAAUGAUAUUAAAGGCGCAUAAGGGCCCCAAAUGAUUUUAAAGACGCAUAGGGAUCCCAAACGCUUUUAAAGGCGCAUAGGGCUCGCAAAUGAUUAUAAAGGCGCAUAGGGGUCCCAAAUUAUUUUUAAGGAGCAUAGGGGUCCCAAGUUAUUUUAAAGGCGCAUAGGGCUCGCAAAUGAUUUUAAAGGCGAAUAAAAUUUUUCAUGUGAUUUUAAAUCUGGUUUUGAAGAAGUUCUAGUAAUCCUAUAUCCUUAAAUCAAAAGAUAAAGGCGCAUAAUUAUUAUAUAAUCAAGAAAAAAAUGAGGUUAAUUUUUUUCAAGUCUUGCAAAUCUUUCAUUUUUGACAAAAGUAAUUAUUUUAGCAAUUUUUUUGCGUUUUUUUCACAUUUCAUAGCAGCGAUAAAUGGAGUAUAACUUCAAAAGAAAAUUAUUCAAAAAUCAACUUUUCAGCAUGGGAAAGAAGAAGGAGAAGAAGGUUAAGGAGCCUUUGUUGGCCAAGAAAGAGCCCGAGCUUGUGGCCAGGCCGAACAGACUCGGGCUCAUGAAAAUAGAGCCCGAGCUCAAGUCGAAGCCUCAAAGCCUCCUGAAGUCGUUCCUCGACUACUUCCUGCGGCUCUUUUUCACUGUUAAUGAUCGCGGUUUCGUUUUGAUGGCCUCGGUUUUGAUGAUUAUCGACGCCGCUGCGACCUACUUGAUCAUACAGAAAGUUCCUUGUGGGUUUUUGAUUUAUUGGAAAUGAAAUAUGUGAAAGUUGUGGCUGAAUGAGAAUUUCGUGGAUCUUUAGAAGAAUGGCCGCAUUUGGAAUGGAUUUAUUUGUGAGAGGAAAAUUUAGAGGUUUCUGAAGAGUUUGAGCCAUUCCACGUGCGGCCACACAUGUACGCAGAAAAAUCAAUUAUUUUUGAAAAAAAAUUCUUUUAUAUGUUCCAAUCAAAAAAAGAGGUUGAAUACGAAUAAUUUACUUUGAAAAAUAUGGAAAUGUUUUUUUAAUGAUCCCUAGAAGCUCAUGGCGGAAUUUGGAAUGGCUUGCCUAAUAAGAGGAAAAUUUAGAGGUUUCUGAAGAAUUUGAGCCAUUCCACGUGCGGCCACACAUGUACGCAGAAAAUCAAUUAUUCUAAAGAAUUCAAAAAAAUAUUCUUUUAUAAGUUUCAAUCAAAAAAGAGGUUUAAUAAGGUAAUUGUAUUUUUGAAAAAAAACACUUGAAAAAAAAAAUUCAAUUGUUCUCUAGAAGCCCGCAUUUGGAAUGGCUUGCCUCAAAAGCGAAAAUUAGAGGAUUUUUAAGGAUUCCAACUUCGAAGAUCCAUUGCACGUCGAAAAAUAAACUUAAAAAUUAAAAUUUCAAGUCGAAAAAAAGUUCUUAAGCUUAGAAAAAUCUGUUGGUACCUAUAGAGGGAGUUGAAGUAGUCGUUCGAUUGCUCUAGUGGCCCCUAUAGGGGGAGUUGAAGUAGUCCCUCGAUUGCUUUAGUGGCCCCCAUAGGGGGAGUUAAAAUGGUCCCCAGAUGGGAACCUUCAAGGGCCUCCAAGCUCACCCCUUUAGGAACCACUCUGGCAUUCUUAAGCAAGACUGAACUUUGAGAGAAGUUGAUUUUUCCUGUCAUAUCAUCCAUUUAAUCAAUCUACAGACACGGAAAUCGAUUGGUCAACUUACAUGCAACAAGUCGAAUGUUAUACCAAAAAAAGGAUCUAUAAUUAUUCGAUGAUCACUGGCGACACCGGCCCCAUUGUGUAAGAUCCCAAAACGUUUUGGAAAUCACUAAAAUAAAUUUUUAAGUUAUCCCGGCGGCCAUCUCCAUCUGUACCACCUUCUCUAUCGAUUUACGAAUCGCGGAAAGAAUAUCAAGCUCGGGCAAAAUAUAUUCAUGGGCUUCUAUCUGGUCAACUUGCUCGUCGUGAUGCUCAUCUACAGGAAAUCGAAAACGGUUUGGACUUUUUUCAUGAAGAAAAAAAGGGUUAUAGUUUAUCCAUCCUUAUCUUCUUCUUUUUUAAGACUUUGUAGAACACUAAACUUUCCCGAUUUUCGGAAUCGUGGCCCAAAUGGCCGACUCGGUAGUGUACCCGACCCAAAACGACUUGCGCAAAAACACAUCGAAAUGCCUAGAUACUUCCGUGUUUUUGAAUAUUUAAAACCGUAACGCAAUCUUGUCGCUUAGAGCCUUUCGGAAUGCGACCUAGAUAUUAAUAUUAAAUAUAUAGAAAAGGCUGACUCGGUAGUGCACCCGACCUAAAACGACUUGCGCAAAAACGAGUCGAAAUAACGUAUUUAAAUUUUUUUUCAUUCCAAUAUAUGCAUCAUUUUCCAACCGUAACCCGACCGUCUUCCUUUGAACUGUUUCCGGUGUGAAGAUUUCCAAAUGGUGGACUCGGUAGCGCACCCGACCCAAAACGACUUGCGCCAAAACGAGUUGAAAAUCUUCAAUAUUUCCUUUUUUUUUCAACUACAUUCAAUGCAAUCGUGUCGCUUAGAGCCAGUCCAAAGGUGAAUUAGUUACAGUUUUAUAAUUACUGGUUGAUUCGGUAGCGCACCCGACCCAAAACGAGUCACGCUAAAGUGAUUCGAAAAAUCUAGAUAGUUCCAUAUUUCAAAUGUAUGCACUAUUUUCCAACUGCAUUGCAACCGUGGCGCUUUGAGACAUUAUAAAUGCGAACUAGAUAUUGAAAUUUUUCGGAAUGGUUGACUCGGUAGUGCGCCCGAAUUAAAACGACUCGCGCAAGUGCGCAUCGAAAUGACGCUUCUUCCAUUUUUUGCAACCAUGUACACAUUUUUCCAACCGCACCGCAGCCGUUUCACUUUGAGCCAUUCCAAAUGCAAACCGCGUGUUUGAUUCAAGACGAAUAAUGUCUAUAAGAACUCCCAAGACUGGGGUAAAUGGAUUAUUUUCUCGAAAUCAGAUCUUUUUUUCAAAAAAUGACCCACUUUUCCAGAUCCCACCAAUUGUCCUGCCGCUCCUCUGCCUCACCGGCUACCGUAUCCAUUCGAUUUUCGUCUUGAGACUCUUUAACGAUCCCGUCGCCAUGCUGUUCUUCUACUUGGCCCUGAGCCUAUUCCUGUCUGAAAAAUGGCUUCUUGGAAGCUUCAUGUACAGGUGAAUACAUUUAGGAGUUCUUCAUAAAGCCCUUUUUUUUUUUAAAUCACAAUUUUCUCAAUGGAGCAAGCUGACAAUUCCAGCCUCGCGGUGUCGGUCAAAAUGAACGUUUUGCUCUUUGCGCCGGCGUUGUUCUUCACGUACCUGAUCUGGCUCGGCCCGGCCAGAACCUUCCUCUACAUUUCCGUCUGCGCCAUCGUUCAGCUCUACGUCGGCCUUCAGUUCCUGGCCCACGACCCCAUUUCCUAUAUAAAAAGGUCCUUUGACCUGGGAAGGGUCUUCUUCUUCCAAUGGACCGUCAAUUGGCGAUUUUUACCCGAAUCGGUAGGAAAAUCAAGUGCGCUCUAUGGAUAAAAAUACUUUCUUACAGCUCUUCCUGGACCCUCACUUCCAUGGCGCAUUAUUGGUCGGACAUGUCACGUUUUUGGCGAUUUUCGCUUGGAAAAUGUGGUUCAGGUAUGCUAGGCAUGAAAAAACGGCCGCUAGUAGCGGAUUUUGUGCGCUCCACGGCGAGUUUCUAAAAUUUCUACCCCAUUUAUGGUUCUGGAAAGGGAAGAGAUACAUUAGAGAAGAAAAAUCAGGGUUUUUUAGGAUUAUCGGUGGAGCGCACAAGUUUCAAAUCACGCGGCUUUUUUUUCAAUGCUUUACUUAUUAUCUAAAACUUAUACAUCAACUCUUCGAAGGCGAAUUUUUAAGUUUUCUGAAAAUUCUGUUCAUUUUAGCCAUAGAGCACAUUUGUUUUAUGAUACGUGGCUAUUUUUUCUCAGAUGCAUUUUCCGGUUUUUUUUUGUAAAGUUUGCGCAUCUGAAAUUUUUUCCGGUAUUUUAGUGAUUUUUCAUCUUCUGAUUACCCAUAGAGCACAUUUGUUAUAUCUAACGCGGCUUUUUCUCAGUCAUGGUUUUUUUCUGUAAAUUCAUGGAGUCUGGAAGGUUUUUCAGUUUUUUAUUAAGAAUUUUUUUUUUUGAUUAGCCGUGGAGCACAUCAGGUCGAUGUAGCGUGGCUAUUUUUAUAUAUGAUUUUUCGAAAAAUUAGUUUUUUUUUAGAAGCGAUGGAGGAUUACCCCUCGCGCUGAAAUUCCUAUGGAACAACGGCAUUCAGACGCAUUUUCGGAGGGCAGGUGAGAAAGUUUAAAGGCGCAUCAUGGAGGGUCUCGAACGGAGUUCCGAUUCUUCCAGUUUUUAUCGUGAUCUUGAUGAAAUUAUUUUAUGUCAGUAAAGUACGGAAAAAGAUGAAAAUUUCUCUCUUCAAGACCCUUUUCUGAAUUUUAAGCCCUGCGCCUUUAAUAUCUACUUUUUUCAAUAUUUUUUUCAGAAGUAAUCUUCGCCUUUUUCACCGCCAAUUUGAUCGGAAUCACGUUUUCGAGAUCUUUACACUAUCAAUUCUACAGUUGGUACUAUCAUCAGGUAAUUCAUAAAAAAUUAGAAAAAAAUGAAAAUAUUCAUUUUUUCCAGCUGCCAUAUCUCCUCUUCUGGAAUUGGAUUGUUAAAGAUCCGAAGGAUAUUCCGUGGCGAUCUAUUUUUUGGAAGUUAGUUUUGGGAAGAAAAUUGGAUCUGAAAGCAUAGAAAAAAUUGGAAAAAGCUCUAAAAUACCCUGCUCUCACAAGUUUUCCCAACGGGUGAACCCGUAUUAAGCCCAUUUUAAGAUUAUUCGAGUCUGAGUUAGUCUAAAACGGGUUCAAGAAGAAAUAGAUGACCCGGCUGAAUUUAUUUAGAAAUUUGGAGAGCUCACUGGACCAAAACGGGGCCUCAGCUUCAAUUGAAGUUCUACCAGCUUUGCUUAAACGGGCUUAACACGGGCAGACCCGCUUUAGAUCCCGUUUUACCAACGGGGGUUAGCCCUAAUCAGCAUGAGAGCACCAUUAAAAAUAAACGCCUAGAUAUAAUUUAUAAAGUAGAAGUAAAAAAGAGUCCUGAUUGGAAAGAAAAACAGUUCUAAAAACAAUUUUGAAAGAUGGAAAAAAUUUUCAGCCUAAAAAAAGUCCCAGGGAAAAACCGCCGCGUUAAAAAAUGGAUCCGAAGUUUAGCCGUUCCAUUCUGAAUUUUAGCCGUGGAGCGCACAAGUUGAGACUUUUACAGCGGCUUAUUUUUUUAAGCAGUCUUGACUAUGUGGAAAAUUUCCGGAAUUUUUAAGAUGAGGUAGCCUUGAAAAUGUGGCGAAAAAGAUGAAAUCAAUAAUUAUUUUUUUGAUUGGAAAAAAAAUGUCGGUUUUUCAAAUCAGCCAUGGCCCAUGGGUCACGAAAAUCUCUGUCUAUUUUGGCUUUUUUCCAUCGAGAUUUUUUCUCUAUCUCUUUUGGCCUAAAUUGAAAUUUCAAAUACGCAGACGCUAUAAAUUUCGAAAAACGUGUUUUUGGUCGACCUUUAUGAACUGUCUUCGUAGGUAAUCCAUAAAAUUCACCUUUUGCCAAAAAAUCUUCAUUUUCAAGUGUGGAUAAUCUUCAAAUUUGACAGAGUCCUCGUCCUUCUCGGCGUUGAAGUCUGCUGGAACGUCUACCCAUCGACAGUUUGGUCAUCGGCGCUUCUCCACGUCCUCCACGUCAUCAUCCUCGUCUACAGUAUCCAUACGCGACUCCCCGUUGCCGACCUGACGAAGGUCUCUGAACUGGACGACCUCGAAGACUUCCUCUCCUCCGACGAAGAAGAAGAAGAUGCCCUCGAAGAGUGGGACGACGUCGAUUACGCUGAGGAGCGUCACGACUACGUCCCGCCAAAUUUGGACAAGGCGAUGCCCAAGAAAAAGUUCGGCGAGAAGUUCCGGAAGGAUGUCAAGAGGUUGUACGGGCAUCGGUUGAAGGCGUCCGCUAAGUGA